CAUCUUGAGUUGUCAAUUUUGUUACUUUUCGUUUGGGAGGUGAAUCAGCAGUGCUAGAAAGAUUUAUUCAAAGCAUAUUUACAAUUUUUAUUUUAUUGCGUGAAAAAGUGUUCUUCUUUUAAACGGUGUGUUUUAAACUUUCUGCCCCUGCCAAAUUAAACCAUACGACAAAAACAUUGCAUUGUUUUCCCAGCUUUAACGGAAUCAUCGUGCGUCACAAAUCUAAUAAAUUCUUUGUGGGAUAAGUUGAUUACAGGCAGGAGACAGUAUGGAGACGUCGUACCAGGGCGGUGUGGUGCAGGAAGAAGCCAGCGACAACUUCCAGCGACUGUCUUCGACCAUCGCGAGCAAUAUCAAGAAGAUAUCUCAAAAUGUCUCGUCAAUGUCGAAGAUGGUUAACCAGCUUCAGACGCCACAGGACUCGCAUGAGCUCAGGAACCAGCUGCGCCAGAUCCAGAACUACACGCAGAAGCUGGUGAAGGACACGUCGGCGAUGCUGAUGGAGCUGAUGCGGAUGCCGGCGGACGGCGCCGCGUCAAGGCUCACGCGCGAGCGCCUCAGCGACGAGUACAUGGCCACGCUCAACGCCUUCCAGACGACGCAGCGGACGGCGGCGCAGAAGACGAAGGACGACGUCAAAAAGGUGAAGGCGCAGUCCAUCAACAUCGGCGACCCGUUCGCGAUAAGCAGCAACAACGAGGAGCAACUAGUGGAGAUGAGCGACACCAACGUGCGCAAGCAAGAACAGCUGACGCGCCAGACGGAGCGCGAGCUGCUGGAGCUCGAGGAGCGCGAGAGAGACAUCCAGCAGUUGGAGAGCGACAUCAAAGACGUGAAUCAGAUCUUCAAGGAGCUGGGCCAGAUCAUCCACGACCAGGGCGCCGUGGUGGACUCCAUCGAGUCGUGCGUGGAGUACGCCUCGCAGGACGUCGAGGCCGCCACGCAGGAGCUCCGCCAGGCGGCCACAUACAAGAACAAGCUGAGGAAGAAAAAGGUGUACAUCGCGAUCGUGGUGGCCAUCAUCAUUUGCAUCAUCCUCAUCCUCGCGUUCCACCACUGAGGCCCGGCGCGCGCCGCCCGCGCCGCCUAGCACUUCUCCGCGUGUUCGGUGUGAACGAACGGUUUCAUUUGACAGGACAAUUGCUGUUGAAGUUCUAUACAUACGGUCAUUACUUCUAAAGCCCGGUCCGUGAGCACGUAGAAUUUUGUCCAAUGACCCCUAGCUACCCAUCCUUAUCGCUCGCGCGUAAUUAUGUUGCUAUCGCGCUCGCACACUCACUGCGGGUGCCAGUCGCACAGUCGCGACAGCAAUAUAAUUACGCGCGAGCGAUAAGGAUGGGUAGCUAGGGGUCAUUGGACAAAAUUCUACGUGCUCACGGACCAGACUAUAUGUCUGUUGUAAACAUAUUUUUCCUCCUAAUAUACGUAUUGGCCCCUUCAUAGUUGAGAUGAAUAGUGAAGCCCUGCUUGUCUCUUUCUAUCCUUGUGAUUCGAUAGAAGGAAACGUAACACUGGCACUAUGGACCGAGCAACAUUUUGGUGAAGGGGAUGUCGGUGCGCAUAUUUUUCCAUUUCAAUACUAUUGAGUCAAUAAUGCGCCAGUCGUUUAAUGAGGGUUUUCGCGAUUGAAAAAUCCGCCAGAUGGCAAUACGUAGACGCGAGGUCCAAAUGCUGCAUUAUUGGUUAUUUUUGACAUGACAUUGACAGAUAUGACAAAAUCCACCAAUCAUGCAGCAUUUGGACCUCGCGUCUACGUAUUGCCAUCUGGCGGAUAUUUCAAUCGCGAAAACCCUCAUUCAAACUGCGGUGCAGGAUGUUUGAGUUUUAGGUGUCAAUCUUAUAAAGUUGACGAUUGACGUCUGAUACGUGUAAAUGCCUGGCACAUUUUUGGCUUGAACUUCACGAGCCAAUAAAAAUGUUCAUGCCGGACGAUACCGCGCGGAAUUUGCUUGUAAGGACAGAGAAGGGUUGAUAUUAAAUGUAUCUAUUUAUAGGAUAAGUCUGUUAUAGGGCGUUGACUUGUUUAUUAUUCGCACGUGAGCAUAUUGUGUAGUAAUUUGUGCUUAUAAUCAAAUAUCUAUUCGAAGAGGAUAUGUAUAAUUUGAUAUAUUUGAUUCAAUUCAAUAUAAUAUUACUUGUUAUAAAUGUUAUGAUAUUUUGAUAGCCUCUAAUGAUAGAGUACUACAAUGCUCUUAUUUGAAAGGAAACAUUCACUAUUCUUAUCUAUUUAAAAAAGUUUGAAACAGUAUCUGAGGUCACUAUCACAAAAACUAAAUGAGAGUGCUGUGAAAAACAAGGCUAAAAUAAAACGAUUCACCUUCGGUAAACAAAACAAACUUAUAGGCUGACGUCACGCCCUUCGUCCUUUGAUUUAUUAAUGUAAAUAUAUAUAGAUAUUCCAACAUAAAGUUUAAUUUAUUGUGGCGAUAUAAUGAUCAUAAAUUGUAUAUAAACGAAUACAUAAUAUAUUUAUGUUUAACUCAAGAUGCGAAAUCUGAGACAAAUUCUCAAUUAGAUUCUGAUAAACGCAUUCCAAUCUUUUAAUGUCAAAUAUUUUGGGAUAUAUGAAAGAAGUAAAAAGAGUUUUGAAAUACAUAAAUAUCCUGGUUCAUAGCUCCCUCUAACUUCGCUGUGGCCAGGCCAGGCCAGGUGUGUGUGAUGUGGUAAUUUUGUAUUUCAUUUUAAUACAGUUUACUUCUUAUCGAUUUUGAGCGUGUAAACUAUAAAAAACAGUAUUGAAGGAAUGCUGUCCUUUCCGAAUAAAUUUGUUAGUUGUGAGAAUUUGUUUGAGACUUCGCGCUAAUAUUGUUAAUGUUAUAGGUGCGUAAUCUACCCCAUUUGACACGUAAGGUAUAAAUCCCCCAUUUGUCCCAUAUGUCGUGUAGCGUCGUUUUAGGUGUCGUAAUAGCGUAUAUUAACCAGUGUAAAUUGUAUUAAUAUUGUGUGUAUAUUGAAAUUUAUUACGAAACUCACUGUAGCAAUAUUUUGCCGUAUCAUGCCUUCUGUUGUUGCGACAAUAUAACAUGGUGUGUGAAACUGCAAUCGAUAUGCCUUUUAUAUUGUAUUUGGCAAUAUGUUAUCAACCCAACUUCGGGUAGUAUAAUAUAAUAUAUAUUCUAAAUUGUUAAUGUUAAGAUCACAGGUAGAUUUCUUAAUUAGGAUGCAAUAAAUAUAUAAAUAAACCAGUUCAAAGCGUCUAUUUUCGCAAUCUUUUCAUAUCUGUAUUUCUAUGAAGUUGUAGUCAUAUUGCUAAGCGACUGAUGCCUUCGUAUAAGCUACUGUCAGCGCCCCGGUCGUCUAUAAUAAGUGUCAACGUGGCUGUGAGACACUCAACGCAUUUUCUAAAUAUAUUUCGUUACAGUACUGUCCUUUUAAAGUGUCAACAGAUGUUAUACAAAAAAAAAACAAUAAUUUCAAUCUGAACCACUAAAAUUUUACCACUGGUCUUGUUUGCUAAUAUGUACGCCAAAAUACUUGAUUUGCGAAGGAAACAUAGUUCGAAAAUGUAUUGUUUGUAGAUUCCGCAUCGAUACUUGCCAAGACCUUACCUGUGGUCCAUUGGUCGGUGGGUAGGAGGCAGUGACACCGUAGAACGCCUUUAAACCCCGCUGUAGGCCUAGGAUGCGUGUCACGAUAAGCUCAUACAUUUGUCGUCUUAAAUCGCAUCCUAGCCCGGUUGGUAUGUUUCCGAUGUGUAUUUUAAACGGACGAGUACUGUAUUUUGCUAAGGGAUAAAGAUUAGUUUGCAUCUAGACUUUGCGCUUGGCUAGUGACUACAGUAUAAAUAAACGGUCCUUGUGAUUUUCGUCGUCUACUGUCUGUUUACUGUGGAGUUUCACUUUGUGUUGUGUACUCAUGCUUCUUAGUUAGCGUCUAUUUGAUAAAAUUAUGGGGAAUAUGCAUUCAUUUGUUUGGUAAUAGUAAACAUACCUAAGUAUUUUUCCAAUAUCUAGUUUGAUUAAAAAAGUUGAGAAAGAAUGGUCGCAGUUUUCAGAAAUAAUACAUAUUCCCUAAGUUCAGAUAAUAUUUAUUUUGUAAUAUUCAUAUUAUCGUAUUAGUUUAUUAGUAUUUACUUUGUCUAUGAAAAUUUGUGUAUAUUAUUAACGUACGAUUUUAGUCAGUCAACAUUUUAAUUGUUUAUUCAAUUAAUUAAAUCUUCUCUUCAUUAAUUGUCAUAUAUCAUUAAGAAUGCUAUAAGAAAAUUAUUAGUUAGGUAGUAUCGUAAAAUAACUUUCUUCUUUGGUGUCGUGUUACGUACACGCAGUUUCAGUUGCAUUUGUAUGUAUUAUGUACGUACAGUCAGCGUCAGAUUGACCGAAGCGUCUAAGAUAACCAAAAUGAUCUGAUAUUUCAUAUAAAUGUAAACAGUCAAAGUAAGCAUAUUGUUUGAAACACCCAAAGUAGUCAAUAUACGAGUAUGUUAGCAACACUGUUCUCAAUUUUAUAUGAGUUGUCAGGGUGUUCAAAAAUAUGAAUGCUGGUUAUAGCCUGACCAGGAACAUAAAAACCCUGGCAUAGAGGCGCGUCAAUUGCAUUUGAUAGUGCAACACUGAGUACAGUCGUACCUGUGUUAAAUUAAUAGGCUAACUUUAUGUAUCAGGAUUCAGGAUUACGGGCUAAUUUGAUAUUUUCAUAAAUUAACGAAUAAAUAUUAUUAUAGGUAACCUGAUUUAAAUAAAUUAAAUGAAACCAUCAAUCGAGCUAGUAGAUUUAUUUUAUUAUUCAUCAAUAAUCAAAUUCAGAACGUGAAUAUUCAACUGCAAUGUCUGCUCAUGAACGCUUCAAACUCGGUACUUCUUUCCCAAUCCCAUAAAAUUCAACACUUAGAAAGUGUCAAAAUUUUUAAAAUAGGUAGUUGAAACAAACCACAGCUAAUUUUCAUAGUGGACUGUACUAUACGAUAAACAUGUCAGUCAAUUUGACAACCUUUGUCGGAAACAUUAUUCAAUGAAAAUAUUGUCCGAACCCUUAGUAUUUCUCUUCGACAAAUACUUUAACACAUUGUGAACCACUUUUCUUUCACGACUAUAAAAAUAUUUUAGCAAUUUAAUUCAUAAAACCAAUUGCGCACAUUUAAAAUAAAGUUUGUUUACACUUUGACAGCAAUAGACUGACAUGCAAGGUGACAUGUCAAUGAAGUUUUCAGUUACUGUUGCCAUUAAAAGAAAUUAGUACCAUUAGUUUUCCGCAACAUGGCGAGGGUUUUUAUGUUCCUGGUCAGGCUAUACAUUUAUAAUUAUGAAAUAUUUAAUAUCAGAUAAUUUUGGUUAUCUUAGGCGCUUCGACGACGCUGACUGUACAUAUUGUUUAUUAUUGGAUAUAUUGCAGUAUGUUGGCAUUAAGAUACGAUAUCAUUGGACUCUUCAGUAAAGGCAAAGGUUUAAGAAUUCAUGGUGCAAGUAUGGAUUUUUGUAUUCUUCGUAGAUAUUGUCCAAUACUGAUGUCACUCAUAGCACAUUAAUAAAGUAGAUUAUUUAUAUUUAUAGUAGUAUAGUAUAUGAAGUAAACUCUGAAUAAAGUUUCAUGCCAGUUUCUCAAUAAAUGUUCUUUGACUACAAACUUGAUACAAAUUGAUCGCAAUAAAGUAUAUAUAUAAAAAAAGAAAUUUAUAAUUAUAUUGGCUAAGAUAUAUUUUUAUAAACGACGUUAUUUCGAGCCUUUGAUUUUAGUAGAUUUGAAGCGUAAAAUGAUAAAAUAUUUGAAUUAAUAUAUUAUCUUGGUGUUGUCUCAUAUGCGUUAUAAAAUAUUUUUAACUUAUUUAGGGUGAAGUUUUUGUCGAUGACAGGUGCCCCUGUCGGCUGUGCAACCAACGCGGAGUGGCGUACAUACUCACCUUAUUUCAUUUGUAGAUGGAACUAUUAUAUUUUACCCUUGGAAGAAAGACGUAGCCGAAAAUUAAUAAUUUUGCAAAUUAAAUCCAUUAAGGUAGGGUAAUACGACAUACAUUCUGGAUACAUUCAUCUGUUGUUAAAAGUAAUUGAACCAAUCUAUUAUUAUGUUCAUAUUAUUAUAUCCAACGUGUAUCUUUCUUUCUACCUACUAAUGAUUUAAGACUGAUGUGAUUGUAGGCCGCUUCCGCAUAAUUUUGAAACGCAAUAUAAUAACAUACAAUAACUACAUUCUAAUCACGUUUAGGUUAGAUCCUGUAGACUGUGCUCGCUAGUUCCACUCACACUAGUUCCCUGGUAAGCUGUAUUGAUAAUAUAAAGUGAAUUGUGUAUAUAAAAUAUUAUAGUUAAUACAUGUUGAGAAGAAUAUUUGAGAUUAGUUUUCGGGGCCUGAAGCAACUCGGGCAAGUUCACUCUAAACCACAUGUCCAUUUUAACUUUUACAAUAGAUAUUCCAUAGAAUCUAUGGCAUAGAUGUUAGGACCUUUACAAACGUUUGCAACUUUUUCAAUAAUUCUUCGAUUUUAAUAUUAGAAAAUAUAUAUUUUAAAGUAAUCAAUUCUCGUUUAUCUCGUGGUCGUUUGGUUACUCAAGAUCAAUAGUAGUGCUCGCAAAUAGGUACACCUUAUUUUGGCUUAUUCCACUAUUCCCCGUUAACGUUAAAUUGGAACUUAUAAUGGGGAAUAAUUUUCACGUCGAUGCAUUAAAAGUCAAUAUAUUCUCAGAUAUUUCUUCUAAGUGUGUGUUUAUCCAUAUUUCGUGUUUUAUAUUGCUCGGUGUUUGAUGUUUUUUGAAAUCGAUCCUGUCUUGGAGGACCCACCGAGGGAUCCACUUUGUCCCACUGGUGGGCAGGAGAACAAUAAGCCAUCAGAUACUCUCAGUGCGUCUUUGAAGGCAAUAUCAUAAAAUAUCUACAUUUCAUAAAUGCAUAUUUUUAUCACUAUUUACAUAAUGUAUGGUCAUGUGCCUUUCAUGCGUGUUUGAACAAUAUACAUCAUAUAAUAUAAGUAUCGGGAUACGUUUUAAAACAUUUUCUGCCUUAAAUUACCUGUACUCAUAGAUGUAGGGCUGGCACAUGUGACGGGCAAUUUUGUUUACGGUAAUAAAAUUCUACAUUUGCCGAGCUGGCUCGAAUUAAUUAGUAUUAGAAACAUCCAAUAAGCACAAAGAUUCGGAAGCCAGCUAAAUUUCAGUUGUUUCGAUAACGAAACGAAAGGUGGAGAAAGUCUAAGACUAAAGAGAAUUAUUUUUCCGAAACUACGGUCUAAUCUUGUAAAUGUCAACAUUUCUCUCAAAAUGGUGAAUAAAGCGCCUUCAAUUCGCGACCAGCUUGAGCAACUUAUCUGCAGCAAGAGCUCAUGAGCGUGCUUUUAUCAGUAGGUACUAAUUUUCUAUCUUGCAAUAGAAGUAAUGAAGGGUCCAUAUUUAUUUAGGGCAGUGUUUUUCAACCUUUUUAAUGACACGACCCCACUAGUAUGAAAAAAUUUUUAGCGACCCCCCUACCGUUCGCGUUUUUUUCAUGACUUUUAUAAUGUUGCAAAGAUGUUUGUAGGGACCGAAUACUUCAAUCCAUACAACAUUUGCAUAAUUAGAUUUCGGAUUAAUCUGUCUUUAUAAGAAUUUUCCUUUACUGAAGUAGUGUUUAUGACCUCUAGCGAUCCCCCUAUAGAGGCUUCGCGACCCCCCAGGGUGUCGCGACCCACAGGUUGAAAAACACUGAUUUAGGGUAAUAGAACUGAAUAGUCCGUCGUUUGGUCAGCCCCUGCCUUUGACCGGCUGCCGAGACCGCCCGGGUCUGCAGUCCCCACGACAAGCUGACAUUGCAACUGCGAUCAUUGUCAUUACAAGUAACGUAUAAUAUUGUUAAUAAUUGGAAUUCACUCUGAUUGGGCCUACAGUAAAGCUCCCUUCAGCAAUCCUGAAGGCAAUGUAACACUCACUAUGUGGAAAUUGACACAAAAUCUCAGUAAAAUGAUGUUACAUUGUCCACAAGUUUUCUGUGAUUACUAAUCAGGUUUUUACUAGACAAUAAAAAUCGUGUCGAUUUUUUUAUCUUAACCCAUUAUAGACUAGCGGUCCCAUAUGGUACCACUUUUUUGUGUGUUUUAAUUUGGCUCUAUACAUUAACACGUGAAAAGAUGCAGUGCUCUGAUUGAUGCAAGUCGUAGCCAAUAGAUAUGAUCUAUGCUUCUAGGAAUAGAAAUUGACAGUUAUUCUUUUCAGUUGUGUGUAAUUAAUGAUUGAAGUGAGCGCAAAUUUUCUCUUAAAAAUUGACGCGACAUUCAAGUAAGUGAUCAUAUUUUUUUUGUGUGAUAGUGAAAUACUGAUUUUGUUACAAUCUUGUAUUCUCCAUAAGUGCUCUUAUUGUGAAAUGGUGUAAAAUUACGUCGAUAGGUAAUAAUAAUGGGAAAUAUUGUAUGUCAAAAUUACUGGUACCGUACGGUACCGCUAGCCGCUUACCGUGUCUUUUUAAUUAUUUUAUGAUUUUUAGUUUUUACUGUAUUUAUUGGGAAGUAUGUGAUAUAUUCAAUGGUAUAUAAGGUAUACAAGAAGAUAAAGUAAAAUAGUUUCUUAUGCUUUACAAAACCAUGGGUUUUUAUUUAUUUUAGAUGUAACUUACACGAAACAUCGGCAGUUUUGGAGGACGAUGAAGGUCCCAAGACGAAGCAGAUAUUUAUAGAAUGAACUCGAGAUAAUUGCAACUCUCGAACAAUAUUAGAGUAUAGGAAAUGUUACGUGGGGCUAAGUGCACCGUGCAAUACCAAGCUCCAUUCCAAAUUUUUGAAUAUUCAAAGAUAAAAAUGCAUAUUCCUUACCCAAUAUACAGUUCUUUUACAUUCAAUAUCACUUCUUUUAUUUGCUUGUAUAUUAAUACAUAUAAUAAUAAAAAUAAAAUAUAUAAUUAACCCUAUUUUUAUAAAGUCCAUGACAAAGUUAUGUUUUAACCGACUGACACGGUAAGAGGCUAGCGGUACCAUAUGGUACCAGCAUUUUUUUUUUAGAUUACAGGUCGAAUCUUUUUUUUAAUGCUUGUAUAGCAUUAUAUAGACCAUAAUUAUGAAUAUAUUUAAAAAAAAACAAAAUCUGACACUUUAAGAAAACUCAGUCUAUAAUGGGUUAACUAAAAAAAACAAAUUUUAAUCUUUGAAUUCAUGUUGGGUAGAGAUUAAAAAAUCGGCCCUAAUAAAUAAUUAAUAAUGUACUAUAAAGUUGAUGGGGCUGUCCAACUUUUCCAAUCUUGAUAUUUCAAUUACUGCAUGAUGAUGAUACAUAAUUUGUAGAAAUAGAAAAUUAUUAAUUCAGACUUGAUUAUUUAACUUUAAAUAAUUUCUUAAUGUAUCUACGCUACCAUUCAUAUUAUUACAAUUUAUAAGUGAAACGAACUAAUUUUUAUUGGAUUUGAAUUUUCUCUUAAAAAUUAAUAGAUAAGACUAAAAUGACUGCGCUACUAAAGUUGGCAGCCCUGUCAAUCAUCUGGUAACUCCUUGAUAUAUUAUGAAUAGAUCUUCUCCACUGCCCUUUGAAUAUCACACUGCUGACGAAACAAGAUUUGUCAACGUAAUCAAUGCGUGCGCGGAGCCAGAAAUAUUGUGACACAAGAAAUAAUAGACCAUCGACUUU